AUAUUUACACAUGCUGUCCUUGUCCGUCAGAGUUUAAAAGGCCAUUUCAGCUGUCUUGCUUGCACUCUUGUAAGCCCCAUCAUGGCAAGAGCUGUGAUGCAAGUAACCCUCUUUGGGCUGCUGCUGGCUUUGGUAACCACACUACCAAACAAGGAUGACUGGGACAUCUACAACUUUCACAUCAACUCAACAGUGAGCAGUCGUUAUGCAACCACAGUCAUCACAAGCCGUGUGGCCAAUCGAAUGGACGAGUCAAAGGAAAUAGAAUUUCAAGUCCGGAUUCCCAAGAAUGCCUUCAUCAGUAAAUUCAGAAUGUUUAUAGAUGGCCAGGCAUACGAUGGGGUUGUGAAAUCUAAGGAGGCGGCUAAGCAGCAGUACACUGAUGCUGUGUCACAAGGCCAGAGCGCUGGGAUUGUCAGUUCUGUAGGGAGGACUCUUGAAGAAUUCAAGACCUCUGUGAAUGUAGCAGCUCACAAAAAGGUCACUUUUGAACUUACAUAUGAGGAACUACUGACACGCAAACUGGGCAAGUACGAGCUGCAAAUCCACGCCCGACCAAUGCAGCCUGUAAAAGACUUCAAGGUUGAUGUGUACAUACAUGAGAAAGCUGGAAUCAAUAUCAUGGAGGUUAAAGGUGGACUAAGCACCAAUGCCAUGGCUAAUGCCAUCACCAAAACACAUUCAGACACACAGGCGUGGGUGUAUUUCUACCCAACUGAGGACCAACAAAAGACGUGUGACCGCUGUGGAGAGCAAGGCAUGAAUGGAGAUCUGGUUAUUGUUUAUGACGUCAACAGGGACAACUCAUUUGGAGACAUCAAGAAGUCAUCAGGGUACUUCGUUCAUCACUUUGCUCCAUCUAAUCUUGCCCGAAUACCAAAAAAUGUGGCAUUCAUUAUUGAUCAAAGUGGCUCAAUGCAUGGCAGAAAAAUACAACAGACCCGAACUGCAUUGAUUCGUAUCUUGAAUGACCUGGCAGAAGAAGACCACUUUGGUCUGAUCACUUUUGAUGGCUCCAUUUUUCACUGGAAACGAGAGCUUGUUCAGGCUACGGAAGAAAACCUGGCUAGUGCCAAAACCUUUGCACAGCGGAUACGAGAUAGAGGAGCCACGGACAUUAACCAAGCAGUUUUAGAAGGAGCACGAAUGCUGAAUGCAAAUCCCAGAGAAGGCUCAGCAUCUAUUCUCAUACUGCUCACAGAUGGAGACCCAACCUCAGGGGUGAUAAAUCUGGAAGUAAUUCAGUCAAAUGUAAGAAAGGCUAUUGCAGGUAAAUUCCCUCUCUACUGCCUCGGUUUUGGUUUUGAUGUCAAUUUUGAGUUCCUUGAAAAGAUGUCACUGCAGAACAACGGUGUGGCUCGACGGAUUUAUGAAGACUCUGAUGCUGAGUUACAACUCAAGGGUUUCUAUGAAGAGGUGGCAACUCCUUUGUUAACAGAUGUGACAAUGGUUUAUGAGGGUGGGAUUAAUCUAACCCAGACUAACUUCAGCCAGUAUUAUAAUGGCUCUGAGAUUGUUGUGGCAGGUCAGAUCACUGACAACGACAUCGGAACCUUCACUCCACAAGUUGUGGCCGUUUCGAGAAAUAGAAAGGUGGUGUUUCCUGGAACAAAUGUUACAGUGGAGUCAGCCGAUGUGUCUGACAGUAACAUCCAGAGAGUUUGGGCCUACCUCACAGUAAAACAGCUUCUAGAGAAAGAACUGCGGUUAUCUGGACCUGAGAAGGAGAACGCUAAGAAAGAGGCCUUGGAGCUGUCGCUGAAAUACAGCUUUGUGACCCCACUCACAUCCAUGGUGGUCACCAAGCCUCCUGGGGAGAGCUCAGAUGUGCUCAAUAAACCCAAGGAAGGUGAAGCACCUCAGACCCCAACCUCUAAUGCGGGGCAUUACGUACCCGUGGCUAUUCCAGGUAGUUCUAGAAUGUUGUUUGAUGUUACAGAUGAUUACACAGACGUUGCCAUGGAUUAUGAUAUGUUUGCAGAAGAAGAAGAAGGAGAAGUUCAUGCUACAUAUGUGCCACCAGCUGCUACUAUGGGAACAACUAUAGUGUCCAGUGUUGUCUACAAUGAUUUACAUCCUUCUAUCUUACCUGGACAGCUUGUCCACCAGUUUUUGCUUAAAACUGAGAGCCUGUCUCUUCCACUUUGUUAUGGUGUCUAUGGACUUGUCAGCCUUAAACUUCUUCACCAUCCCAAUAAAGAGCUGUUUGUGAAUGGUGAGCUUGAUGAAGUAUUGUUUGGAGGAUUCAAAAGGAUUGCCAUACAUGCAGCUGCUGCACACUUUGAGUUUGAUGCCGUGAAAACCAUUGUACGAGAUGGACAGUCCACAGUAGAGUACCUUCAACAGGUUGAAGUUGUUUCUCGUAAUAGUGUGACGGUGAUCAGGCGGGCCAAAGAAAUAGAUGUUGUAAGUGGAGACACACGUAUUGUCUUCCUGAUUCAUGAGAAGGAAGGCAACUUUUAUCUCUGGCCUGUUAUAAGACAACAGCCAAUGGACACCAACGUUACAGGGAUUUUAGCUCUAAAGCCAGCAGUUUAUGAAGAGGUACAGCAAACCCCCUCAACUAUACUCAAGAUCCAAAACAUGGAGGUCACUGCUACCAGAUCCACAACUGUUGACUACAGUAUCGCCUCUGCUCCGACACUGGACUGCUGGUUUGUGCCCCCUGAGUUCGCCUUACAGAGACCCAUAAAUGAGUUAAUCGUUACACAAAUUUAACUGGGAAAGGUGUUUAAUCUCUUACAAGGAUUUCAUCAAAAAAAACAUGUUAGACCAUGGAAAAAUAUUUUUGACCUUUUAGUGACAAAACUUGUCCCAGAUUCUUAGUUGUCUGGAAAGACGUUAAUGAAUAAAUAUUUUCCCAAAGGA